UUCACUUGCAUUUACUAAAAAAAUAAUAAAUACUGAUUCAAAGUAAUCGUUUUUUUUUUUAAAUAAGUGUAUACUGUCCAUGUUUUUUUAAUUGUUUUUAAUAAUAAAUAAUAUAAAAUGGAUCUAAUAACUGAUUACGAAGAAAGAAGAUUAUCAAUAAAUGUACUAGACACAGAUUGUCUGAUCAAAAUAUUUUCAUAUCUUCCAUUUAAAGACAGAAUCCACAUUGAAGAAGUUUGUCAAAAAUGGCAUGAAGCAAGUGAAUUUUCAUGGACUAAUGUUACUCAUUUCAAUGAUUCUAAUCGUCAUGAAUCAAAAAAACAUUUUGGUAAUAUAGUUCCAAUGCCAUUGGAUGUUGAAAAAUUAUUAUUAAGAUGUGGAUUUUACUUAACAAAAUUACAAUUAAAAUAUACUGUGACGUCUAAAGUUUUAUCCAUAAUUGAACAAUACUGUCCAAAUUUAGUUGAUUUUUAUUAUGACUAUUUUCAUUGUGAUCGUGAUUUUUCAAGAGACACUACUUUUUCAAGUAUGACAAAAUUAAAAAAUUUGACAAUAUAUCUGACACAUUCUGCUAAAUAUUUGCCAAGUUUACCAGCAAAUAUAGAAGAACUCACAGUAAUAUCACAUUUAAAAUUUGAAAAUGUAUUUUUAUUAUUCGAGUAUGACUUGUCAACAAUAGACUGUUGCAAUGCUCUCAACUGUCUGACAUUAAAUAAUAUACCACUUCCUGAAAAUUUAUUAAGAGGUAUUCUUCAAAAAACAACACUGACUUAUUUAAAUUUAAAAAAUUGUUUAUUUGAAACUAAAAAACCACUAGUUUUUAAUCUUGAUAAUUUAAAAUAUUUAAAUUUAAACAGUUUUUUAACAAGAUCAAGAGAUUGUGUGUCAUUUGUUAUUAAUUGUUAUAAACUUGAAUAUUUUAAUGCCAAUAAUUCAUAUUUAACUUAUAAAGAUAAUCCAUUUAAUCAACUUGGACAUUUAAAAAAUCUAAAAGAAAUUUAUAUUAGCAAAGAAAAUAAAAAUAAUAGAAUUGGUAUUAUAAAUGAUAUACCACAAUAUAUUGGAAAUAAAUUUCCAAAUUUAAAAUCACUUGACUGUAGUAAUCAUGUUCAAUUAGUUGAUAAUGAUAUUAUUUUUAUUCUUAGAAAUUCACCCUAUCUUGAGUAUUUAGAUGUACGUCGUACAAAUAUAACACAUGAAACACUAAGAUGUGCUAUUGAUAUUACAAAAGUACGUCAAAAUGACAUUAAGUUACAGCUUGUAACUGAUAAAAGUAUUUUAAAUGAACUUGAUGAUACAGAGGAUGAUUCACCAUUUCUAAUCAUGCUUACAAAAUCACCUGAGUAAAAAGAAAUUAUUCAUCAAUAUAUUAUUUAUUUUAAGUUGAGUUUUUAAGCGUGAAAAAUAUUUGUUUAUUAUUAUUGUUGUAUAUAUAUUUUUUUUUUAUUUACAUGAAAUGUUUAAAUAAAUUAAAAGAAUGACGUUAUUUUGUGAUGAUAAUUUUUGACCUAUUUUUUUCAUAUCUAAAUGACUAUUUUAAUUAUUUAAAUAUCGGGAUAAUUAUAAUUACAGUUUUAUUUAAGUUAUAUUCAUUUUAAAUGCAAUUUUCAUU